UGUGGGAACCGCAAUAAUCUACCAGGCUGAAAACGUCCAAAUAAACUUCGCACCUCCCGCAGCGUCCAUGUAAGAUGCCGAUCUGCAAGGGACUUCUUUCGUCUCAUUGGUUUCGUCGUACUUUGUUCCAGUCCUCUGGUGGUAGGAAGGAGGUGUAACUUACCGCCACUGACCAUAUCAUCUCCGUGCCGCAAAAUUCGUCCCAUAUCCAGCUCAGCCUGAGGCGAAGCUAUUCAGGAAUGAGCCAUGCCUGCCUACGUAUUCCGUGGGAGCCAUGGGCAUCUUUACAUGGCAUUGUCCUCUUGGCGAUGAUCCUUCGAUAGCUUCUAGGAAGCCAGCAGUAGUUCUACUUAUAUAAACAAGAAGAUAUGUUGUUCAUUUGUUUUGGAUUUGUGUCAUCAUCAAAGUCAUACUUGAAUUUCACACCUUUUCCUUCAUUCUUAUCCAUAAUCGAACAUAAUGGUUCUGCUUAAGCCGCUCUGUGUUCUAGGAGCACUGCUUCCUCUCACAGUUCAAUCAAAGCCAUAUUGCCCAUUGCUGGGACCCGACUUUCCAGCUCCCAAGAAUCUCUCGUCCAGUCCAUCAUUCCAAGCAGCGAUUACGAAUCUCACCCAGCUCCUUACUACAGCACAAACAUCUGGCAACACUUCAUAUGGACCAUUCGAUGCCGUGAAUACAUCGUAUUCUGUAGAGUUCUUCUCGAUACAUGAUACAGCGCCGUUGUUUACGAGUAACUAUGGCGCGCCUUCGCUCUCAAAAGCCAAGUAUGGAGUCAAAACCGUGGAUCCGGAGUCGGUGUACAGGAUCGGAAGUGUCACCAAGCUCAUGACUGUGUACACUGCCCUCAUACAGUGCGGUUCCAAUCACUUCAACGAGCCCAUCACGAAAUACAUCCCAGAACUGCAGCAAGCAGCACAAACCCUGAAUGCCACAUCGAACCCACUCGACCACCCAUCAUGGGAAGAGAUUACCCUUGGCGAGCUCGCCAGUCAGCAAUCAGGUAUAGGUCGUGACUAUGCUGCCUUUGGCGAACUUAGCGGCCUUCUUCGACCACUUUCCAACCCAGCAGCUCUUGGCUUACCUCCUCUCAAUUCUUCCGAAGCAGCAAUAUGUGCAGGAGGUUCUUUCUGCACCCGUGAACAAUUCUUCAGGGGAUUUACGCAACGCCAUCCAGUGUAUGCUCCUGCCACAGGUGCAGUCUACUCAAACGUAGCAUUUCAACUCCUUGCUUAUGCAGUGGAGAAUAUCACUGGCAAGGCGUUUCCAGAGCUCGUGGAGGAAAGUCUAUUCAGACCGCUAGGCUUGACUGGAUCGUACUGGGAUAUCCCGAAAGAUAACUCGACUGGUGUUGUUAUUGAUGCCACAGUCUGGAACCUUGAUUUCGGCGAUGAAACUCCAGCAGGAGGCAUGUACAGCACCCUAAGCAACUUAACCGCCAUCGCCCGAUCGAUCCUCUCCUCUUCCCUCCUCACACCCGCACAAACAAGAAAAUGGAUGAAACCCCUCUCCUUCACGUCAGGACCCGAUUAUGCGGUUGGAGCUCCCUGGGAAAUCCGCCGCAUUCACACAGCACCCAACAACCGCAUUAUAGACAUAUACACCAAGACGGGUAACCUUCCCGGCUACGAUACUCUUCUCGUCCUCGUCCCGUCUCUAGACGUAGGUUUCAAUGUCUUGACAGCUGGCGUGAAUACACCUACAAAUGUCAUCAUGCUCAGCAAUCUCUUCUCAGACACACUCAUCCCCGCUGCGGAAGCAGCAGCCAGGGAAGAAGCUACCGCGACUUAUGCUGGCACUUACACAUCCUCUAACACUUCUCUAAACUCCAGCAUCACUCUUGCAAUCGACGACACCAAGCCUGGAAUUGGCGUCGCCUCCUGGUAUAGCAACGGUACGAAUAUGCUCACAUCAAGCUCUUUCGCUCCAGGCUCAAGCGUACGGCUCUAUCCUACAGGAUUAUCGCGGGCUAUGGAGGGGUGUACAGAUGUUGAGGUGGGUUUCAGAGCUGUGUUUGAGAAUCUGGAAAGUGGAGGUGUUGGCGGGACGUUCACAACGAGCUGUCAAAGCUGGGGACUGGUGGAGGCGGUAUAUUGGGGGACGGUGGGAAGUGAUGAGUUUGUGGCGAGGAUUGGAAAUGAUGGGAAAGCAAAGAGCAUUAGUCCGAGGGCAUUGAGGGUUGAGUUGGUGAGGAGUACGUGAAUACAUGGAUGAGGGGAAUUGAUAGAAUGCAGUAAUGUUUUUGUAGGUCUAAUGUGGCAACAUAGAAUUCUAAAUAUUUCAAUGUAACGA